UUUACUUGAAUUUUUGAAAUCUGAAGAAUUAUGGUGACUAUGAUUCACAUAAUUAUGGAAGAGUGAAAGGAACAUAGUAAUUUUAGAAUUUGUUGAACAUGCCAAUUGUCUAAUAUAAAAUUAUUUGAAUUAAAACUAAUCAAAAGAAAAUGAACAUAGUAAUCAGAGUUUGAAUUUAAAUUAUUUUAAUGUGAUUUAUUUUUUUAUAUUUAAUUAAAUUUGCAUAUAAAAAAAAAUGCAUCACUUCGUAAUUUUUGAGGACAAUACAAGUUGAGAUGUUGGCCUGUUACAACUAACAUUGGAGGAUGCUUUGAAUUUGGUCAUCUAAUAAAUUAUUUAGUCAAUGUGUUCCACUUUGGUAGACUCUUCUCCUCGAGGAGCCACUGUAAAAAUGCUAAGGAUUAAAAUUUAUUUUGAGUUUUAUUUUAGAAGUAUAUGUGUGGUGUUUAUAUAAAAAUAAUGAGAUAUGAGUCACAAAAAUGAUUAUGACUCAAGUAUAGAUUAAAUCUAAACAAUGUUUAAAAUCACAGCGUCAUUGAUUACGUAUCAAUAAAUAUCAGUACGUGAAGUACAAAAUUCUCAUAUUAUCAGCUGAUAUUUAAAGACACACUUAGGUUUGAGUUGAAAAAGCAGCAGCAGAAUGUGGAAGAAAGCAAGAACAUUAGGCAGAGCUUGUUAAUUAUUAUAUUGACACUGCAGAAAUUAAUAUAUCACUGGUAUGAUGUAUCUGAAAUCAUUUGGGCCAUAUCUCUAAUAAAGACAGACAAAAUGAUUAACUCACAAGUUAGUAGUUGACUUGUUUCUCUUACUUUCUUUAUUCUCUUAUGGUGUUGGCUUAUAGUGAAUUCUAUCACCAAAUUAAGCACCAGCUGUUACCACUAGACAGGUCAGAUCAUUGUCUGUUACCACUAGACAGUUCAAAUCGUUCUGUGUUUAUUGUAUGCAUUAGACUAGUUUUGAUUUUUCCCCAGUUUAUGGCUGAUUUUCUAACUUUUUUACUUUUUUCUUUCUGCAAUUUCAAACUAAAAUUUUGGUUGUCUUGUUAGGAAGAAUUUACCUUGGGAUGCACAGUUUGGUUGAUAUCAUAGGCGGUCGUGCAUUUGGAUUGGCAAUUCUUGCAUUUUGGAUUAGUGUUCAUGAAUACAUUGACGAUUUCAUAGUUUCUGGGGAAAAUGGUCCUAGUAGCUUUGACAUCUUUGAAGGCCAUUCAAAAGCUACCAUGCUUAUAAUAUUUAACAAUGCAGCACAAGGAAUCCUAUCCUCAUUUUUCUUCAAAUAUGCAGAUACAAUCUUGAAGAAGUAUUCAUCAACUGUUGCCACAAUAUUCACAGGCAUAGCAUCUGCUGCAUUAUUUGGCCACUCUGACUAUAAACUUUAUGUUAGGAAUUACAGUUGUUUUCAUCUCAAUGCACCAGUUCUUUUCUCCUCUUUCAAAGGUCAAAGAUGAACAGCAAAAUGGUGUGGUGGAACUAAAGGAUGUUCAGGAUAACCACAGGUAUUUGCUUCUUGUUUUGUCUGUUAUAAUUCAAAAUGCCUUCAUUUCAAGGACG